UCGACCUUACCAGAGCACUCCGUCGCAUUCUACUCACCAACACCAACUCCCACCAGCCAUCAUAUGCAGAAUAAUAGUGAUGUGAAGUUCACCAGUUCUUUUUCCAUCGAAUCCAUCCUGAAAAGAGACAGUCCUCCUCGUCUGUGCCCAAGACCUGCUCCUUUAUCGGUUGCGUCCAGCGCGCAAACGGAUCAACUGCCAUUGGGCGCAGAGAGAGGUGUUGGAACCAAGAGGAGGAUGAGCUGGGACUCUCCACCUGUGGAGAUGCACCUUGUAGGUGACGGUUACCCCAGCUAUGCGACGGGGGAGUCACAGCCCAAGGACUCAUUGGAGAUAAUGGAAGACCCAUUAAGAAGAUGCGCAUGUGUGCCGAACCUUCCUACCUGAUCUACUCCAGACCCAGCGCUGCUCCUCCAUUUGCCGACCCUCCACGUAUCUGUUAUGUGAAGUACCCUGUGCCUACAUAUGCUUAUGAUGAUCACCAUUUUACAUAG